UACAUACUGAUACGUGUCAUUACCUGUUGUAGAUUGCUGUGUCGUCAACGAAUUGUAAUUGUUCUAAUAUAUCUACAGUUUCAAGCAAGAGUUUACAAGUAAGUGACUAUCCCAAAGAGUCAGAGUUCUAUCUAAGUAUUGUACAACAAGAGAUGUAUUCAAAUUAGAAUACAAAGAGUUAAUACUUGAAAGAUAUUAUAGUCAAUAUUUUGUUACUUCCGUCGGAGAUUUUAAAUUGUUUUUUAGACGACAAGCGUUUUGGGCACGGCACCCCUAAAAAUCGUCACCGGUGCCCAAAAGAUUGAAGGUGCGUUCGGUGCCAAGACUUUAAUUUCUCAUAAGUAUAGUCUCAUAUAUGCAGUAUAAGUCGGUUUCCAUGCAUUACGUCCGCUUUGCCCGCAGCCAUCUUGCCGCGAAAGAAUUCCGAAAGUAAUCUACAUUGAGCAUGCGAGUUUCGUUCAUUUUCAGCAUGAUUCUACUCUACAUUUGCGAGCAGAGGUUUAGUGUCUUAUUACUUGGAAGCAAAAAACAAAAGUCUUCGCUAUAAGACAGUCGGUUAUCUAGUUAAUCUGCCUGUCUUGGCAGAUUCAACCAUUAUUUAUCUAUAAUUUAACACUUUCAACACCGAAUAAUCACUUUGAACAUAUUGAUGAAUGAUGUAUAAAUGACAUUAUUUUUUUUGCCUUUUUUCGAUGUUCUUUUCUCCUUAAUUAAUUUAACUUAUAAUGAACUCACCGCAGUUUCUAUCGAUUCUAAACAAAAAUUCCUAGAACUUGGGAAAAUGAUCAAUGUAUCGAUUAGUGUUGAAUAAAACCCCGCAAAUUGCAUAAAUUACCAUAAACGAACGCCGGUUUUUUUUUAGAUUUUUAGAUUAGAGUCAUGGAGGGGAGUCUAGUAUUAUGCAUGAGAAAUCAGCCCAAGCAGGUACUUUACUGGUUAUUGCCAUGUAAUCAAAAAGAAUUAUUUUAUCAGUUUGUAGCUAUAAGCCUAAAAUAUAUCCUUCUAUGAGUACUAUUUUAAAUGAAUUGCAUGUGCACCACUUGCCUUCAUGUGCACGCUUUCUACUCGAACUAAAGUACAAAAAUUUAGCUAUCUAAAAACUGACCUCAUUGUCAGCCUCGAGACAAACAGUUUUUGUGUUUAAUUUUAUCAGACUGAGUGCCGAUUGAUAUUCCUGCAUGAUCAACGGAAGAAACGAAGUGCUUGAAUUGGAAUGUUUUAUCAUCUUCAAAAUAUUUUGUAAGAAUGAAUUAAUCUUUGUAUUUUGUAUUAUUGCGUUUUUUAUAGAUUAACUUUCUUUAUUUCUUUACCAAUUUAUUUUUGUUCAUUUUCCAGGUUUUUUUUUGGUUAAUCCUAGACAAACUGAGGUCAAUUUUUACCCAUAAUGGAAAGUUAUUCUGACACGUUUGAUUUGGUUGUCUUUAAUUUCUUAAAGGAGUGUAUUCUACUGCCACAGAUACACUCGCUACAAUGUUCUUUUGUUGUCGUAGAGAACAUGGCGCAUUAUACAUUGCAUGAAUCACAGAAAUGUACGUCUGAAAUACGAUUAAGGCUUGCAGAAGUUGCGAAGUCAUUAGAUUUGUUUGACAAGUAUGUUGAAUCGCCCAGCAACAAAACUGCUAAGACGUUGAAACAGUCGUUUGAUAAUAGCAAAAGUACUUAUAACGAACUUUCGGCUGAUGAAAUUGACGAAAUGUUAGAAUGUACACGUACUUCUUUACUAAAAUUUAUCCCAGACUCUGAUAACGAAAAUAGAAAAUCUAAAGACUCUGAUCACAAAAGUUCCAACUCUGUAAAUAAAAACGUGAACUUAUUUGAUUUCCAGCCAGACAGUAUUUCUGAAGACGCUUCAAAAAAUGAAAAAGAAAAAACGUCUAUUCGUUCACCAAAUUUGAAAAAUGAGAAUAGUUUUCAAAGCAGUAGUGAAAAUAAGCAACAAGAAGAAAAGCAACAUUUUAAUACUGCACAAAGUAAAGAGCACGAGAAAUUUGAAGAUCUUUUGAUGCAAUCCUCGCAGGAACUAAAGCAGAAACAAAAAAAAGUUCCGACAUCCAAGACCAAGGCGAAAAAGUUCGUAGGCUCAGAUCAAGAUCCUUCAAUUGGUCAACCACUUGUUGAAGAAAGAAGUAAAAAGGUCGAGAUGAAAAUAUAUACCGACGUUUCAAGUAUUGAUAAAGAAAUGGACGCAUUGAAAUCGUUGAACUGCGAACAUCCGAAAAGUUUGAGGAAACCGGAAAUCGAAAUUCACUUCCUACGAAAAGAAAUAGAAUCAUUGAAAAUUGAAAACCAAAAGAUUUUGGCUGAGCAUGGGCAAAUCCUUGUUGAGCAAACUGCCAAAGAAAGCGAAGAAAGAAAAUCUGAUCUCUUUCAGCGAAUAUUUCGUUCCGAAGCUAAACAAUCUGUUGUGUCUACAACUGCAUCUAGUGAACAACCUGCCCAAGGCGCCGAGGCUUUGCAAGGAGGUAACCAUCAACGAGGAAAACAAGAGACGGCCACAAGAGACAAAGAUGAAAGCAAGAUUCAAGGAAGAGAUGAAAACAGCACAGGAAUAUCAACCUAUAGGAGUAACAGCGAAAACCAAAAUCCAACAACACAAAACUCGUCAAGUAUUGCAUCGAAAGAGAAGACAAGUGGCGGAGAGGGAAUCGAUACAUCUGGACACGUCAAGGGAACCGGUGACGCAGCAUCGACAUCAAGAGAUGAAAAUAACACUCUGCAAAGCUAUGAAAACCUAUCAUUCUCCGUCCAACAAGACGUUUCAAAUGGAACAGAGUACAUAUCGCUGGGAAAUGUACCACCUACAUCAGUCGCAACCACUUUGUACAACAACUACAAGUUUUUGUUGCUCUCUCUGGGCCAAAGUCUUCUUUCCUCCGACGUCGUAAAGCUGAUGGACUGGGCUUCUCAAAAUUUCUCAAUCGAGAACGCUCAAAAUGCUACUGAUGUUCUCUUACAACUUGACCAAAAAAGAAUCAUCAAUGCUUCAGAUUUAAGUCCACUUCGCGAUUUCUUUGAAUCUAUUAUCAGAAUUGAUCUUGCCUACAUUAUCGAUGAAUUCUUGCUUGGUAAUUACAGCUUACUUCGCCAAAUUUCAGCCUUGAAAACGCGUGAUGUAAACAGGGCACAAAAUCCUCAGUACGGUUCCACUUCACGGUUUACAAGUUUCUUGAAAACUUUGAGUUCCAGUCGGUCGUACACUCAGGGUUCCAGAACAGCAGGAAGUAAUGUUGCUGCCAGCGGCUCAUUACAAAUGAGUACAAACAGAAAUCCAGCAACUUCAAGGACACCAGAAAACAGCAAUGGACCGCAAAGCUCUCUCGCUCAACAAAACCGCCAGCCUGCUCUUUCAAGUUUCUUGAGAUACCCAAACACAAACAACACAAACCUCGUGUCCAGAUCUCCCAAUGAAAACCAAUCCAAAGCCCACGAGCAGCGAAAUGUCAAACCUAUUGCAACUGGAUUUACUGAAACAAGUGUAGUCGUUGCAGAUAGCCCUGUUACAAGUAAGUUUCUUUAAUUAAUAUUUUUACCAUGCAGACUGAUAUCCCUCAUAAAUUUAGUGUGUUUUGCUUCUGGUAGGGAACGACUAUAGCAAUUAUUGACUGUGAUUCAAUUAAAUAUUGCCAGCGAUCCUGAAAGGAUCGAUCAUUGCGUCAGCGUCACUGCAGUAGAAACAUAAAUUACACUUUAUAAUGUAUAAAUGUCAGUUAGAGAUCCUGUAAGGGCGGCGCUCAAUUCGUCUAGUAUUAGCAUUAGUUCGUUGUAAUAAACACAAAAAUGACUAAAAUACUUUAAAAUUCAAUAACAUUUCAUUGUGUUACCGUGAAAAUAUCCUAGCAACUGUUUUUGUGUAAUAGGUGUUAAUUUAAACCAUGCGAGGCUCAAUCUUGCGUUAUGAAUACAAAUUUCCAACACAAGAUUGAAUUUCCAACACAAGAUUUUAAAUAAACACCUAUGGCUAUACACAAAAACCGUUGCUAGAAUAUUUUCACGGUAACACAAUGAAAUGUUAUUGAAUUUUAAAGUAUUUUAGUCAUUUUUGUGCCUAUUACAACGAACUAAUGCUAAUACUAGACGAAUUGAGCGCCGGCCUUACAGGACCUACUGACAUGUGUGCAUUAUAAAGUAUAAUUUAUGUUUCCCACUGCAGUGACAAUGGCGCGUUGGUCCUUUCUGGAUCUUUGGCAAAGACAGGAUUGAUACAGCUAUGAGCUAUCUUGUAAAAGAGUUAAAUUAAAGUUUGCAAUAAUUUAUUUUUAUUGUUUGAAAAACAGACGAGAGAAGAACAACAGCAAGCAAUUCUUCAACAAGAACAAAUCCACCAGUGAAAAACAACGGCUCAAGAAUUACAAUUGGUAGCAAUGGUUCAAAGCUUUCCAAGUUCUCACGCGAAGGCGCAGAACGAAGCAUCGUUUCUUUUGCCCACGCCCCAAAUCCUUCUCGUAACCAAGACCUUGACCUCGAAAGUAACUGGUUAUGCAGUCAUUACAAACGACUUUGCUACGUCAAAUUUGAAUGUUGCGACAACUUUUGGCCAUGUCAUCGUUGCCAUAACAACCAAAGCACGUGUGGCCGAAAGAAACUCAAGUCACGUGACACGCAGAUGGUGAAGUGCGUCUAUUGCAAUAAAGAGCAACAGG